UAUACAAAAUAAAUGUUUUCCUGUUAGGCGGAUAUAAGACUGAGUGCGCCGACUGGUGAGCACUAGAUUGAUUUCAGGUAUAAAACUCUAGCGCUUUAGAGAGAGGUGUGUAAACAGUGCGCCCCUUCAAGGCAAAGACUUAAGCGUCAUCCGAGAAUCUUCCAUUCCUUUAAAAGAUUUCAAGAUGAAUCGCAAGGUUCCAGAUCAUAUUGUCAAGAUCUUCGACAAAUACGUGGCUAACAAUGUCAGAGUUCUCAACAAACAGCACGCUGUGGACAUGUUGAAGACUGAGUUUGGUCUUGAGGACCAGGAAGCUGAGGUCAUGUUCAACACAUUUGACAAAGAUAAAAAUGGAAAACUGAGCAUUUGGGAAUUUCAACAAUUUUGUGUUUGCAUGGGAGAACAUGCACAAGAAAUUGUCAAUAAAUUUAAAGAACUGGACCAAGAUGGAAGUGGUCAGUUGGAUGCAGAAGAGGCUCGUGCUGGACUGCGAGCUAUAAAGACAGCGACAGGAAGAGAGCUUGCUGAAAAGGAAGUGGAGUUUUUUGUACAAACGACAUGCGGUGAAAACGGCGUUCUAGAUUUAGGGCAAUUUACCAACUUGUUGUACCGAUUAAAAUUGUACAAUGCACCACCUCCAAAAUAGACAUUUACAAUUGUUCAUGUUAAGUCCUUUAAAACAUUGCAACGGUAAAAAUAAAAACCUUAUUUUUCUAAAUACAUGUAACUUGUAAACCAAUAUAUAUGUACAUUUCUUUUUGGUAUAUAUAUAUAUAUAUAUAUAUGGUGAAACCUAAUCUGAAGCUUUUUAAAUCAUUAUUAAUUUAAAAAAGAGGUCAGCUAAGAGUAAAAUUAUCUAUAGGAUGUAUAAACUGUAUGUAUACACUUUAUAUGAUUUUGAAAGUGUUAUAUCUUUUAAAGUUAAUACAAUUAGGUUUCAAGUAAUUUAACAACUUUCCCCCUUACAUAUAAAAACCACAAGACCAAAAUGGUAUUAACAACCAUUGAGAAAAUCCCAUGAGGUGAUAACAUUUGAAAAUGACAGAAUCAAAAUAAAUGACAAAAAUAGAAUGUAUACUUAGGGAUAUGCUAUAAAAUUCUCCUUUUUCUUCUUCUACCUUCUCAAUCAUUCUCAUUCAUUUAAAAUUCAGAUCAUGCACCUCUCUAUAUACUUUUUCUUCUACAGGGGUGUUUUGGGACCAGUGUCUUGUUCAGGGGUACUCUUCAUGGAGAAUGCAGAAUUGUAGGACAUGGUCAGCAUUCUCUGGUGACACUCCAUAAGUGCAAAUUUCAAUCGUCCCAAUUUUUAGCUUCUGAACAUUUGUUGUCUCAUUCUGUUGUGUCUGGUUCUGAUGCAAAAAAAAAAAAAUAGACGAUAGUCGUGUUGGGAUAGCUUAUAUUAGGCAUCAUCUUUCUUGUAAUUUGGAUGAGAGCCUGUCCAUUUGUGGUUCAUUCUACUCACUAUUUGUUCCUUUACGUCUUCCAGAUAGAGUGGAAUGGUCAAUUGCUCUCCAAAAUUUGGCAAAUGUGUCACUUUAAAUGUGUGCUGGGAUCCACUGUAGAACAGUUUUCUUGGUAUUGUUGUUGAGCUUUACUAGGGAUGUCCUGAUUUGUUUCACAUAGGAAGUAUCAAGAGUUUUUCAAGCUUUGAAAGACUGUUUUGGAAUCAGUCAGGACAUUGUUCAUUUGUUUAGAUGUAAAUUAGUGACACAGUCCAUGAUCAACUGGGUUAAUAAACUGAGAACUAGAGAAAAACAACAGAUAUAAUCACUAGAGAUACUUCAGGACAGAAGAAUACAAAGUUAAAAAAUACAUAUAACACCACAAGUGGUUGAUAAAAUUGUUCUCCAAAAGAACAUUAUGAAACAAAACAUACUGGAAGCUUAUACAAGUACUGAAGUUUAAUAUGAAUAUUAAAACUGUUAAUAUUUGAUAUGUAAGUUAUAGCCCUUAGUCAUUGUGAGUUAUGCGUCUUUUGUUGUGAACAUGUCCUUCCUGCCUAAGAUGGCGUCCUAUGUUGACGAUUAAAAGUGUUCCGCCCAACUACGACAAUUGUUGCCUCAAUUCUUCAGGACAUACUUAACAUGGUGGCAGCGGAAAGUGAACCACGUAAGUGCUUUUACUCUCGCUAGAAGUAGAAGAUUAUAUGUCAAGGGCCCAAAAAUGAAAUCCAAUGAAUACAAAUAGAGAGACUUUCCAAUGGAGAGAGUCAGCUUUUUUGUUCUUAAUGUGCACAUUUCCUGCAAUGAGAGCACUAGUUUCAAGGACAGGACCUGGCCCGUGCCUCUAGGGUUGAACAUUACUGAUUAGUUCCAUUUUACUAUAUUUCAAGCAUUUUAAAAACAAAAUUCUCAGUUCACUAAUAUGAAACAUAAAUAAAAGCUUAUUAAUACAAUGUGAAAAGGGAAGUAUGUGUUAGCAUUAGCAAUUGUGGAUGGCAGUUAGUAUUCUUUAGUUAAUACUAACAGCAAUUACACAGGUUUAUUUUGAUUCUACAGAUAGAAAUGUUAUAAUUUAUCCAAUUUCGUUUUAAGUAGCUCUACAUGCACAUCUCUCUGGUCUACAUUUCAAAUGAUAAUUCACAAGGAGGUAAUUCAAGUCCAAAAAGAUUUUUAAAAACAAUUUAAAAAAUGAAGAGCCCCUUCUUCUACUAACUCUGUAAUUGAUGACAAUACUGUCUGUGUAAUCAAUACAUGGUCACUUUUGUGUGAUUUGGGCGUGAGUUUCUGAUGUCACAACAGACAGUAUUCUAACACAAUCUCUCUGCUUUGUUAUUAUUUUUUUUUUGCUUAGCAUGUUCAUAAUUUGCUCAGAAUAUUUUUGUUUUGAUCUCUUCAAAGUUGAUUGAGUUGGAUGUAUAUAGCACAGCAUGCUAAAUUGUUCAUUCACUGUCAGCGGCACUAUGAUACUUUGUUUUUAUUUCAUCUGUCACUUGAUGACAUUUUGUUCAACCAAUCAAAUGUUUAUUUUGUUUGUUGUCUUCUUAUAUCUUAUUUGCAACUUUAUUCAAAUUGUAUUUUACCAAUAAAAUUGUAUACCUCUUGUUUAUGAGAUGUUUGAAUUAAUUAUAUCCUAUAUUUCAUUGUAAUGAAAACAAUAAUAAAGGCUAUAUUUAAUGUC